AUGUGGUUCCUGGUUCUGUGCCUCGCCCUGUCCCUGGGGGGGACUGGCGCUGUGCCCCCCAUCCAGUCCCGAAUCGUGGAAGGCUGGGAGUGUGAGAAGAAUUCCCAGCCCUGGCAGGUGGCUCUGUACCAUUUCAGCAACUUCCAGUGUGGGGGCGUGCUGAUACACCCGCAGUGGGUGCUCACGGCCGCCCACUGCCUCAGCGAGAAUUACCAGCUCUGGCUGGGUCGCCACAACCUGUUUGAAAACGAAGACACAGCCCAGUUUGUCCAGGUCAGUGAGAGCUUCCCACACCAUGGCUUUAACCUGAGCUACCUGAAGAACUACACCCGCCACUCAGAUGAUGACUACAGCCACGACAUCAUGUUGCUCCGCCUGAAGGAGCCCGCCAAUAUCACAGACGCUGUGAAGACCCUGGACCUGCCCACCCAGGAACCAGAACUGGAGAGCACCUGCUUCGCCUCCGGCUGGGGCAGCAUCACACCAGAGAAGUUAUCGUACCCAGAUGAACUCCAGUGUGUUGACCUCAAACUCCUGCAGAAUGAAGUGUGUGAGAAAGCCCACACGCAAAAGGUGACAGAAUACAUGCUGUGUGCUGGGCAUCUGGAAGGCGGCAAAGACACUUGCGUGGGUGACUCAGGGGGCCCACUGAUCUGCAAUGGUGUGCUUCAGGGUAUCACAUCAUGGGGCUACAUCCCGUGUGGCCUCCCCAAUAAGCCCUCCAUCUACACCAAAGUGCUGCUCUAUGUACAGUGGAUCAAAGACACCAUGGCAGAGAAUUCCUGAAUGCCCUGUCCUGUCGCCUUCCAGUAAAAUCGAAUAUGCAUCAAAUGAGCGUCAAGUUCGGGCAUCAUCUGGCCUUCAGACACCGGGCACCUGGGCACCUGGACUCUCGGUACCCAUCUGGCUGAGGCUAGAGCCUACCCGAAGCCGUCCCAGUCUUGUGCCCGAGGCAUGUGGCCAGGAGCAGGUGGAAAGAGAAGGAGCCCUGACAGGUGUAGAUAGUCAGGGAAAGGGUCAGAUCCUAAAAAGGGGCUGGGCCUGACCGACCUUGCCCUUGCCUUGCCGGGGAGGGUUGGUUAUGGGGGCAAUGGAG